UGCCCCUGACAAUUCGAAGUCUCGCGCCAAACACUGUUGACGUUUCGGUUUAGUUGCUGCGUUUCUCGCGGUGGUUCGCCGCGAGUUCUGUCUGUUUGUUUGUCUGUCUGUCUUCCUGUCGCUGAUGGACACGCCGUCCUACAUGCCUGUCCCUCCGGGGGUCGGAAUGGAGGAGAAUUUCUUUUCCCUCGACGACAUUUUGCUGUCGCACGAGCGGCUGCCCUGCAGAACCGACACCGCGUUUCCCAAACUGGGCUUCCUGGAGAAAUCGGGCGAAACACACGAUAUACCGGAGGGUACAAAGAUGGAGAUGCCUCUGUGGUUGGCGAAGGGUCUGUAUGAAAGGAAGAGGCAUGUGAUCUCGGUGGACCUGCCUAAAGUUUACCGUGAGGGUUGGAGGACUGUGUUCGGUGCUGACGCAAACAUGGUGGAUCUUCACAAGAUGGGUCCUUAUUACUACAGCCUGGGCUCUCAAAUGCUGCACUUUGAGAACGUGGAGAACCUGGAGAUCGCGCAGUCUAUCCUACAGACGUUUAUCGGCCGUUUCCGCCGCACUAUGGACUCAUCCCAGAACGCUUACAACGAGGACACGUCUGCGCUUCUGGAGCGGCUUGACUGCCUGGAGAGGGCGCUGUUCCGCUCAGGCCAGAACGGCCUUAACGCCUUCCAGCAGUGGGAGAGAGGCAAAGCAUCACAGCUCGCAGCCUCCAGUCUCGUCAUUAACUACCGAAAAAGGAAGCUCACUGACCUGCAGUCCUGAGCAAUCAAGCACAGAUCAGAGCAAGAUUGUGUGUGUGUGUGAGGAGGGAGAGAGAGAGAGAAAGAAAAUGGUGUAUGUGCGAGAGGGGAAUUUUGUCUUUAAUGUACUUGUGAAAUUUAAAUUACUUUUAAUAAACGUAAGCCUUUACUGUUUUGUAAGGAUGGCUCACUUGAA